UAUGAUCAGCAAAACAUCCCCUCCCGCACUGAAUAUUUAAGUGAGGAGCAUUGAACCUGAUGAAGCAUUUUUUUGAUGAAAAUGGAACAUUGUUGCUUUGGAAGCUGUAUGGGAAAUCACCUUCUGAGAGGUUGUAGACUUGCUUGCCAAGCCAGUGUGUUUGAUUGCAGACGUUUUGUCACCCUGCUAGAUCAUUGCACUCAAGAUAUCUUUGGAAAGAAAAGGGACCAAGCAGAUAAAUCACUUGGCUGCCAACAGUUGAGAAGCCAGCAGAACUGUUUUACCCUGGAUGUGGAUGAUGAGGAUGGUGAAAAUAUGAGUUCAUGCAGCACUGACGUAAAAGAGAACCGUAAUCUGGAGAACAUCUCUCUUAAGGAAAGCACUCAAGCACCUGGCGAGGCACAGCUUUCAAAUGGCAGCAAUUCCUCCAUAAACAGAAAACGGCCACUGGAAGAGGGAAAUAAUGGUCACUCACAUCCUAAGUUUCGUGCCAAGAAGAGGAAGAAAACGCCAGGCCCUAUUCUACCAAAGAACGCAUUAAUGCAAUUAAAUGAGAUUAAACCCGGCCUGCAGUACAAACUGUUAUCUCAAUCUGGCCCUGUCCAUGCUCCUGUUUUUAUCAUGGCCGUGGAGGUCAAUGGACAAAACUUUGAAGGAUCUGGGCCCACCAAGAAAAAAGCCAAGUUGCAUGUAGCAGAAAAAGCCCUGAGAUCCUUUGUUCAGUUUCCAAAUGCCUCUGAGGCCCAUUUGGCUAUGGGUCGAAUGCUGAAUGUUAAUACAGAUUUUACGUCAGAUCAUUCUGAUUUUCCAGAUACUCUCUUUAAUGGAUUUGAAACCCCAGUGCAAGGAGAUGAUCCUUAUAUCUUGGGCUCCAAUGGAGAUGGUUCUUUCAGUUCAGGUGAUUAUAACUCUUUUGGCAUCUCGUGUGGUGUUGGAGGAAGUAGUGUAGGUCAGUCAACACUGAUGGCUCCAUCUCCUUUUGCCAUGACCAGUGGUAAGAACCCAGUAAUGAUCCUGAAUGAACUGCGCCCAGGACUCAAAUAUGAGUUUAUUUCGGAGAGUGGAGAAAGCCAUGCAAAGAAUUUCAUCAUGGCAGUGACUGUAGAUGGUCGAACCUUUGAAGGGUCAGGGAGGAACAAGAAGUUGGCAAAGGCUCGUGCUGCUCAAGGAGCUCUUCAGAUUCUGUUUAACAUGCAACUGGAUUCAACACCAUCGCGGCAACCUAUUCCCAGUGAAGGUCUUCAGCUUCACCUGCCUCAGGUACUGGCAGAUGCAGUGGCUCGAUUAGUGGUGGAUAAAUUCAGUGAACUAACCGACAACUUCACCUCCCCUAAUGCACGGCGGAAAGUUCUUGCCGGUGUUGUCAUGACAACAGGAUCUGAUGUCAAAGAUGCCCAGGUGAUAUGUGUCGCCACAGGAACUAAAUGCAUCAAUGGCGAGUAUAUGAGUGACCGAGGCUUGGCUCUGAAUGAUUGUCAUGCUGAAAUUGUUGCACGCAGAUCCCUCAUCCGGUUUCUCUAUUCCCAAAUGGAGUACCAUUUAAGCAACAAGACAGAAGACCACCAGAAAUCCAUUUUUGUUAAGUGUGACGGAGGAGGUUUCAAACUUAAGGAGAAUGUGCAGUUUCACCUCUACAUCAGUACAUCACCUUGUGGAGACGCUCGCAUCUUCUCACCACAUGAGGCAGCAGUAGAAGAUCAGGGAGACAAGCACCCAAAUCGGAAGGCACGAGGUCAACUAAGGACAAAAAUAGAAUCUGGCGAAGGGACGAUUCCAGUUAGAUCCAGCAGCACUAUUCAGACCUGGGAUGGAGUGUUGCAAGGCGAACGAUUGCUCACAAUGUCAUGUAGUGAUAAAAUAGCAAGGUGGAAUGUACUUGGGGUUCAGGGAGCUCUAUUGAGCCAUUUUAUAGAGCCUGUCUAUUUUGCCAGCAUCAUCCUGGGCAGUUUGUACCAUGCUGAUCACUUGUCUCGAGCAGUCUACCAGAGAAUCAGUGAAAUUGAAGAUCUCCCAAGCAUAUAUAUACUCAACAGGCCUUUACUUAGUGGUAUUAGCAACACUGAAUCACGGCAACCAGGCAAGGCGCCAAACUUCAGUGUCAAUUGGGUUGUAGAUGACUCGGGCCUGGAAGUUAUUAAUGCCAUGACAGGGAAAGAUGACAUGGGGCGCCCUUCUCGACUAUGUAAACAUGUUCUGCAUAGUCGCUGGCUACGCCUGCAUGGAAAGUUGCCAUUCUUAAAUCGAUCCAAACAAGAGAAGUUCACUUCAUAUUAUGAAGCAAAACAGGCUGCCACCGAAUAUCAAGCUGCCAAGGAGUCCCUGAUCAAAGAGUUCCAAAGGAGUGGAUUAGGCAUGUGGGUGAAAAAACCCAUUGAACAAGAUCAAUUCAGUCUCACUGGCUGAGCCCAUGUUGGGAUUUUUAAGGACGCGAAGCUACUGGAAUUCCAUGUGUCAGAUGUAUUUAUUACUUGUAACUUUAAACUAAUUUUUUAAAUUUCCUUUUUUAAAUAAUAAGACGUGUCCCUUUUCUUGGCUAUCAGCUAGGUUUUUAAAGUGAUGUACACAAUUCUUGUUUUAAUUGGUCUCUUAACCAGAAGAUAAUGUCAGUAAUUGAAGCUAUAAUUGAAUUGUGCAUCAGUGGCCCUAUUUAUUAAUAUGUUGAUUUAAAAUUUAGUAUAGGUUUUCAAAAGAACAGGUUUGAGUUCUGUUUCUGAAAGUACUAUACGCCCAUACAGUUGUUAUAACUUUUAAUCUUUAGAACUGGUCUUUACAGGGGCUUGGUUUUACAAUUUAGCACUUCUGGCAGAGAACUUCUUGAGAAGGGACCAGCCUAUAUUUCAAAUUUAGAAGAAAAAGGUCAUGUGCCAGAUUCAUGGUUCAUGCAAUUUUUGGAUGGCCAGAAGAUAUGUUAGGCUACAGUAUGGAGGAGUUCUGACACUUGAAUUCCUGUGAUCCCCUCAUUAUUCAUAUACCAGCAGCUGUAAAUUGUACAGUUUGUCCCUAUAUAUGUUCUCAGGACAGACAUUUUCUAUUCUGAAAAUGGGCAAAACCGUAGAGAGCUGGAAUUAAAAGAUGUCAUUGGAGCUCCUGUAUAGAUCCCGAGAAGGGGAAAAUAUUUGCUGAUUGUAUUUAGAUACAGUAUUAGAAAAGUGAUAUUCAAGCCCUCUAAGUAAUCAGAGCCGUUACAAGCAAGUGUAAUACAUUUAUUUACCAGUUCAGGGUCUCCAUAUUUUGUUGACAGCUGCUGUUUCUGUUUGCAAAAAGUCUCCACUGCAGCAGUCAAAUUCAAGUGUGGAACAGGCCAUAAGCUUAACUUAAGGCAGACUGCAGUGAUAUCAGUGGCUUUUUUUUGGCAUAGAUACACUUCUUUCAAGGUGAAGCAGUUAAGUCAGUUGAUGAGUGCUGAAUCUUCUCCUGUAAAUGUCCAGCAUUAAUAUGUGACAGCAGCUAGCCAAAAGUUCAGCUUCACAAAUCAAAGCCCAAAAAUUAUAUUUUAAAAUGUGAUAAAGCAUUGAUGUACAUUUUGCUAAAUCUUAAAUUGCAGCCCAGCCUAGCCAUAAAAGGGAUGCUGUCUGUCUAUAUGUGUGCCUGCUGCUUUUCCCUUGUCCUUUUUUCAUGCACGACUGUUGAUGUGUUUAUUUCUUUGUUGUGUAAACUGGAAUAGCAUAUGCUUUAAUAGAAAUGUUCCUUAUGUUAAACCUUUGCAACUGAAUGAAGGCAACUGCAAGUGUGAAGGUCACAGUGCAGCAAUCAGUUGUAGUCUCUUUACAGGGUUGCUUCAUUUGUCACAAAUAAAGGGGUGGAAGCCAACAGAGAUUGUAACACUUGAAAAUUUGAAGUGCAAGCGUGCUAAUAGCAAUGGUUUGGAAACUUUUUAGCUUUUCUUUAAACCGGUAGCUUAAUGAUUGUAGCCAGUAGUUAAAUUGGUUAUUUCACGUCGUGAUUCUGGCUUCGGAACCUAAGCAGAAUAGCAUGCUGACUUGUGAAGAUGGCUUUCAAUGUUAAGUGAUCAAAACGAGAGAUACUUAAUUUAGCACUAGAUUAAAAGACUUGAGAUCAUGUAGAUUUACAGGCCUGUGAGAACUCUUGAGCUUGGGCUGUUUACUUAUGAGUGGAAUUAGUGCGGGUGGCUGGUAUAUCCACUUUUGACAGUACUCACUCAAGGUCAGUGUGCCCUUUAACUUCAUUUCUUACUAGUUACAUGAUCGACUAUGUAUGUGUCUGUAUGUCUCUUUUUCUCCAAUCUGAGCCUUUGCUUAAUUGAAAGCACAGCUGCUGUUAAUGCUGUCAUCAUGGUCAUUUUGAAUUAAGCAGAACCAAGUCUGUGGUCACUCUGGCAUAACCAAGUGUAAGUUAUUCAACAUAGUUAAGGUUAGAUAUUCUAGAACCAUUUUAUGAGAAACAGAAUUACGCUUUACCAUAUCUAUUUAUAAAGUAUACAUCCACAUAAAUUCUAUGUUAGUUACUGCUUUGAGCAAACCCUUUGAUCAAUCAGCAGUGUUAAUUUUGCUGAAACAAAAAUUUAGCAGUAUCGGGUCAGUUUGUUUUGCUUCUUAAUUACUUGUAUUCUUAAAAUGAUGAGGGUUAUUUUUUAAAUGAAUGAGUUAUGAGCUUAAGGUUCAUCUGUAUAGAGUAUAUUUUUGCAUAGCUACUGUUUUUUUUUUGCAGUUUUUUUAAUCGUAAGAAUCUGUGUCCUGGAUCCCAGAAAAUUGAUAGCUUUGCCUAACUGCUGGUUGGGAUAUGGUGAGCAAACUUAAUGCUCCACAUGAUACCUGCUGUUUCAAUGAGCAUGACAAAGCCAGUAUUGGUAAUCGAACAACAAGAUAUUGCACAGUGGACUCCCACCCCUUUAUAUGUCUCUACAACUUUUCCAACUGUACUUCAAUGAAGUUCAGAAAAGGCAUUUUAGAGGGAAGAGUGCUGAAAGCUAGCAGGGUUUUCAGUAAUAAUUAUUUUAGGCAAAUAGGACUCCAUAUGCACCCAAAUGAUUGCUUAUCCUCAAUACUCUUGAUAGUUUAGAUCUUGGACCAAAUUUGAUAUUAAGUUUCAAUGAAAAUUGAGCUUAUAUUCUCAUCUUCCUGAGCAGACCAACAAUUUGGCCAAUAGUCAGCUGGUGAAUCUGAUUCUGCCAGAAUAUUUAAAUAGGCUGAUGAUGAUCUCCAGUUAAGGUCUUUCCAUACUCCCAGUAAGCUUGUAGAAACUGGGAUCCUGUGUGCUAUCUUUGGAUACUGUUUGCUCUGGGUGAGUAACCUGUGGUCAUGGGUAAAUGAUGGGAUCCAUUUGGAAGUUUCCUUUUCGGGGUAGCCCAGAAGUUUGAGAAUAUCCAAUUCAUAUCACUUGACAGUGUGAUAUUGAUCAAUUUGCAGACAUUUCUGUCCUUCCAUGCAAAACAAAAGGAAAGAAUGUAACGGUAAUUCCAUAUUGAGAUAGAAAAUAAGUCCUGUAAUCAAAUAAAUAAUUACUGCAGAAUUUAAAUUGUCCCAGAAUGCUGAUAUCAUUGAUGAUUACUUUGAUCGACAGUGUAAAUAACUACUUAAUUUUUAAAAAAUCAGCUGUCAAAGUCAGUUAAAUUUCAAGUUCCAGGAGUUUUACUGUAAUAUUAAAAAUAGAGAUGGAUUUCAAACCUGCACUAGCUGGUUGUUCUAUUCACUUGACUGAUAUCCAAGUUCAUAUGCCUUUGCUUGCAGUACUACUUCAAUUCCUUGUGCUUGAAAUAGUUUCUGUUUCUGCUUGUUGGAGUUUUUAGAGGGAGGGGGAGGAUCCAAAACUAGGGGUCAUAAAUGAAUGGUAGCCACUAAUAAAUCCAAUAGGAUUCACACAUAGAGGAGUGAGAAUGUGAAACUUGCUACCACAUGGAGUGGUUGAAGCAAAUAGGAUAAAUGCAUUUGAGGAGAAACUAGAUAGGCCCAUGAGGGAGAAAGGAAUCAAAGGUUUUACUGAUGGAAUUAGAUGAAGUUGUGUGGGUGGAGGCUCGUGUGGAGCAUAAAUGCUGGCUAGCACCUAUUUGGCUGAAUGACCUGUUUCUGUGAUGUAAAUUCUAUGUAAUUUUAUGUAAUUAACUAGAAUAUUUAUCCCAGUAGUAGAGAAUCAGUACUGUAAUGUUGUCUUGCUUAAUGAUAGAUCUGAUAUCCCACGCUGAAUCCUGCUGGUAUUAUCAAUGCAAUGGGUAUCAUCGGUAAAAUGCUGUGUUACAGUAAUCCUGUCCAGACUGAGAGAUCUUUUGUCAAUAACGUGAAUUUUGUCUGCACAGUGGGAGUAUAUUGUCCAGUACCUUGUGUUGAGACCUGUCCACAUCUUGGGACAUAGGAACGGUCUGUAAUAUUGCCUCACAGGGGAAUCUAGUCUUAAUGUUCUCUAGUCCACAUUUAUUUUUGCAACCUUUUUAAUUUUAUAAGGAACAAAUGCUGAAACACAGCUUUCAUUGUCUUCUGUAAUGUGAUUUUGUACUCAACCAUUGGAAAUACUUCAGUGAAUGCAAUAUUUAUUCAAUUCACCUUGUACUUAAAUCAAUACCGUCAAAAUGUCAUUAAUUUCAUAAUGGAUAAUGAUAUUCCAACAUCAAGCAAAAAGUAUAAAAUAAAAUUUAACACUUAGCUCAAAAAGAUUUUUCUUUCAAACAUUGCAAGUAUUCAAGAUGCAGCAAGGUGCAAUUGAUGUCAAGUUGGCUUUGGAUAUAAUGGUCACAGAGAAACUGACUUUAGUCAUUGGUUAAUUUGGUUUGUUCACUUUGGAUUGGGAAGAGCAUUGCUUAUAUUCUCCCUUUCCACAUUAUACAAGAUAGUUUGUAGUACUUUUCCACCAUUUAUCAGUUCACCAACAUGGCACAUGAAUAAGCCCCAGCUUCCAAAUCGCUUGACAUAUUCUGAUGCCAGAUAUCUGCAUUUUUCAGUCAGUUGUUCACUAGCAACAGUGCAUCAAUUAUUGGCUAAACCAUAAAGUUAUUGUAAUAGCAAUGAAGGUCACCAUUAGUGACCAAGAGAGAACAUUUUAAUCCAUGGUUAAAUUUCAGCAUAAACCAUUGUAUACAUUGUGAAGAAACAAGAAUAGUGGAUCUGGAGUAAUUCCUUUCUAAUAUCACUGUUCUAUACGUGGAUUACUUAAAAUUUCUGUUUAUCUCCUGGCACAAAGUCACCUGUAACCAAUAGCAACUUUAGUAAUCACCUUCCUUCAGAAUAAAGACAUCAGCAUGCCAACAAGUUAACCAUAUAUUGGAAAUAUGUUCUCUGUGAGUAAGUACUUAAGUGGAAUCUUAGAAUUAAAAACAAAUCCAGCUGAGGAACUCAUUGGGCAAAAUGAUUGCAGACUACAGACAUUUGAUCAAUAGAAUGUCAAUACAGAUGACAAAGAAACUUUUGAAGAAAUAUUACUAUUUUAACCAUAGCAUAUCCUCUAUGUCCAGCUGAUCAAUUUCACAGAACCAUUGACAACAGGAUAUAAAGAAUAUCUGUCAUCACACUGGCCUGUUUAACUCCAGAAUGACUGAAAUGUGAUCUACAGUGAUAUAAUUUUGGCAUCCUAUUAGUGGCAGUUUUUAAUACAAUCAGUACUAACCUAAGUGAUGAUCAACAUGGUAUCAGUUCAAGACAUGCUUGGUGAUUAGGCAAGCAUCAUGUUUGGGAGAAUUUACAGGUAUCUCAGACUAGUUUCUGCCACUCUGGUUACCUACCUUGUAGGCAUGAUUAAUUUUAAAGCUUGUGUAUUCUUUUCUUUUAUAAUAAUGCUGUACCAUAUCAAAGUAUAGUCAGGAGCCUCUGGUGUUUUUAGGUUUAUAUAGCUUUCAUCAAAUGAAAAUCCUUCCCUUGAUGUAAUUUUGUGCUCAACUUGUAUUUCUCUGCCAAGGUAUUCAACAGCUUCUCAAACUUUUAUUUGUGUGAGAAAGGUGCAGGGAUAAUUAAGAGAAAGAACCCUUUGCAGAAACAUUAGAUUCAUACAUUUUAAAAAUUUUUUAAUGUUUGGCACACUUUUGAAUAACAGAGAAACCAAUAUAUUAACAUUAAUAUUGAAUAAAUAUAAUUAAAUCUUUUUUGGGACUUCUGAUUUAGUAUGUAUAUUGGCAACAAAUGGAACAGUGUUAGGAAUUUAGGCCAAGAUUUUUUACAGUUUUCUAUUUCAUUUAGUAAGACUUUGACAUGUGACCAUACACUGAUCUUGUAGUGGGCAAUGUUAUUCAACACCCUGCGCGCAUUUUUGAAGCUGAACCAUUUGGUGGGCCUUGUCCCAUUAUAACAUCAUUAAUGUUAGGCAGUACUGAAGGUCCUGGGACUCAUGUGAAGUAUGUAAGGGACUGUACUGAGUGAAAGUGACAGUUCAUUAUUUUUCCAGCCAAUAAGUAACAUGUUAUGUUUGUUUGUCUGUGUGUGCACCUUCUUUCAUCCUAUUUCUGUCUGUAUUGAUUGACAUCUGCCACCUUACUUAACACAACCAACUUAAUUAAAUAAAUCCUCUCUUGCUCCACAGCCUUAUGAGUGCUGUGUAACUCUUGUAACGCCAAAGGGCAAAACCAGGCAGGAAAUUUAUUGUCAGGUGCGACUAAACGAGCACAAUGCAAAGACUUCUGGAGUUUUCUUUAUUUCACAAAAAGGCAUAAACAAAGUCACAAAUUGUAAAAACAAUUUGGCUACGAAGUUGUUACAGUAUUUUUAUUGCUUUCCAGUUUGGUUUUGUGUUGUAAAGAGCUUGGGUUCUGAGAUUACUAAGUUUUCAACUUUGUAGAAUAAGUUUAGGGAAAGAUAAAUCUGAUGUGCAUCUCCAUUCUUGCAUGUUAGAUAUUUUAUGAAAUGAACAAAAGCAGGCUCUAUUAGGACAGCUGAACUUCAAUGAUGUGUGCACCUUGUAGAGUUGAGACAGCAUACAUUGCAACAGAUUAACAUUAAAUUGUGUGAACUAACAACAUAUUACCUGGAUAAUUUAUAUAUAAUAUUAAUCUCUUUCAUUUAUGUCUUAUUAUCCAGCAAUUCUGCUUUUUUUUUAAUCCUUCCAUUGUAAUUGGGCAACACGAGCGAGGCCAAAAUUUGUUGCUCCUCUUUGAUUGCCCUCAUGGGUCGUGGUGAGCUGCUGCCUUGAACUGCUGCAAUUCAUGUGGUGUAGGUAGGUCCAUAGUGUUAUGAGGGAGGGAAUUCCGGCAUUUUAAACUAGUGACAGUGAAGGAACAGUGAUUAUCAUUCCACUUCAGGAUUGUGCAUGGCUUUUUGGGGAUCUUUCAGGCUGCCUGAAUCUGCUGCCCUUGUUCUUCUAGGUGCUAGAGGUCUUGGGUUUAGGAGGUUCUUUAGAAGGAGUCUUGGCGAGUUACUGCAGCACAUCUUGUGUAUAGUACACUGCUACCACUGUUUGUUGGUGUUGGUGGGAGGGAAUCUUUAGGUUGGUGGAUAGGGUGCCAAUCAACCAACUCCACCCUCCUGACUUCUACUUUGUAAAUGGUGGGCAGGCUUGAGGAAUUAGGAGGUGAGUUAUUCGCCUUAAAAUUUCCAGGUCUCUGACCUGUUACUGCCAGCACAAUAGUUGUAUGGCUGGGUCCAGUUUGAUUUCUGGUCAACAGUAAUCCUGGGAUGUUGAUGUUGGGGGAUUCAGUGAUGGUAAUGGCAUUGAAUGUAACUAGUGCAACAAGAAAUGAAAUCCUACAUUUGAACUGACAAAGGGGAAAUUAUAACCUGUUUAGGUAGAAUGUUUACUUUGUGUUUAUCUCCAAACAAAUUCCUGAAAAGCAACAAUACCCUGUCAAUUAAUUAUACUUCUAGGAGUUACAGUGAAGAGAGAGAUGGGGAAAACAUUGUCCAGAUGAGGGAAACUUGCCAAUUGUUUUUUUAGGAGAUUGUUCAUCUUAACAGUUCAUGGUGACAUUCCACUGUGUAAUAAACAGUUUGUACUGUAAUCACCGCAUGAGUACCAGCACUAAUACUGUGCCACUUCACAUUAACUAUCCCAGCAUGAUUCUCUGUUACAUGUAGAAAUAAAAUUGAAAAAUAAAUUUACAUCUGACUUCUAA